GGGUGGGGCAGAGCAAAGAGUUGCAGUAAAGGAUGGUUCCAAUGAGCAGCCCUGCUCCUUUAGGGGAAAGGCAAUCCUGUGUCGAACAGGAACAACCACUUACUUGCCAGACCUGGAAAUCCCCUACCCAGAGGGCCUCAGCCUUGUUGGGAUUCAACUUCAACUUCUUGGCCAUCAUCUAGCCCCAUCACAACAUCCAGGUCCUGGACCAGCAUUUGCCUGGCUACACCUGAUUCAGGUGCAACAGAGAAAUAGAGCUCAGCCAUAGCUCAGUGGCAGAGCAUCGGCUUUGCAUGCAAAACGUCCCAGGUUUGAACCCCAGCAUCUCCAGGUUUGAACCCCAUGUCACCUCGCCUGAUGCUAGAUGAACCAAUGGUUUGAUUCACCAUAAGGCAGCUUCCUAUGUUCCUGCGACACGCUGCACUCCAGAUCUCUUAACGAAUUUCAACAUAUGCCAAGAUUCAGAGAGUUCUUCAAAGCCAGCUAUAAAUAAAGACGGAAAGAAUUGGGACAUGUGCUAGCAAGGAAGCCAGGGCAUCUGCUAUGGCAGGCAUUCGCUUGGGCAGCUGGAAGAACAGAAGAUAAGAGCCAAAACUGAGGAAUUCCUUUGUCACACAACACUCACUGGAAAUAAACAUGAGAGGCCUUUUAAAAAGGGAAAUGUCACGGCAAUGCGCAAGGCAUGUGUAAAAAUGUUGUGGAUAUAAAGAGGAAAUGCAAGAGGGCCCUGGUGUCGUUUAUUGGGAUAAUGGAUGCUGUCGAUAACAGAAAAAUCGUCUCUUGCUUAUUAUCCACGUUAAUGUGAAUUUCUGUGUCAAUAUGCGACGGAAACAGGGUUACAAUAAAGUAAUAGUUCUCAGAGUUUAUCUGCUUACCAUACCAUGGUAUCAAUUUACUUGGGUCAGUUGCAAAUUAUAGGCACAGUUAACUCUGUGUGUUAUGCGGCUCCUAAGGACCUGCCCAGACAUGCUCUACAGUUUGAAAUGAGAGACGUGGUUUCUUGGUAAUUUCAAAAUGUUCCUCACUCCUCUGGGAAACGUAUAUAAGGGGACCAGUUAAACCAGUACAGUUACUGAGUCCAUCCUUCUCUAGCUACUGUUUCAGAGCUUGACCAAUUUAGUAGCCUUGAGGGGCUGAAGACCUGGGCUCAGGGCUGACCAAAAAAUACAAACAAGCAAAGCUUCCAAAGUGGCCAGCUGCCAUCUUGUGGGAGCUUCGAUGUUUAACAAUUGGGACAAUGUUUUGUUGGUGGGACUGCCUGGGUUGCUACUGACAUAUGACGGGGCCUUUUCAGCCACAGCCCCCCAUUUGUGGAAUGUCCUCCCUGGGGAGGUGUGUCUGUCUCCCUCAUUACUAACUUUCAGGAGAAAAUUAAAAAUAUUUCUGUUUACUCAGUUUGAUGGCUGAAUGACACUGUUUGCGGUGACCAUGAGAUAACUGUUCGUAUAAUUUUUUUUUUUUUAAAUGAUGUUUGGUUUUCCUUUCAUUGCUGUUGCUGAGUUUGCCAUCUUGGGCUCCUUCGGAAGGAAGGAAGGAAGGAAGGAAGGAAGGAAGGAAUAAAAGUAAAAUAAAUCCCAAAAACUCUUCAAAAUAUAUAUAUGAGAACUGUGCAGCAAUUCAUCUUGGGGUCUCCUGAGAGAUUACCUUGUUGGGAGACCCUGAAGAGCAGAUCCUGAAUCUGGGAUUGAAGGGAUAACACCAUUGUCCUCUGACCAAAGAGUAAACUGUAGGAAAUUACGCUGUCUGGCAAGGAAGCCUCUUAAGCAAAACAGGCCAGAUCAGAUCAGAUGAUAUUAUUAAACCCUUCAAAAAAGGCUUAUGGGUUAGGAUAGCAGAAAUCCGUUUUCCCCAUUGAUGCUUGUCUUGGCUGUCAGAAACAGAUGCAAAGCUAUCCAGAGGCCAUUACAGGUAGUAAGGGCUAGCUUUGGGCCUACCACUCACUUCCCACCUCAGUCAAUUAAUUAGUCUGAGAACAAAUCCCUGUGUAGCCUUAGACUCUGCUUUUCAAGGCCACUAAGGGCCAAAUUACAGACAGUGAGUGAGAUCUGAUCAGCUCUUCCAAGGUGUUGAUUUGGAUUGUGAAUAUGGAGCUGGGAAGAAGCAUUUUUAACCUCCCCAGCACCUCUGAUAUAAAUAUAAACCAUCUUCCGGAAGUUUCUAAUAGCUUACCCUCCAACAGUUCUCUGAUGAAAACAGGGAUGUCUUAAGGAAAAGUGGGACAUUCUGGGAUCAAAUCAGAAACCAGGGUGGCUUCUGUAAAUCUAUGACCAUCCCUGGAAAAUACUCCAGCAACAGUUUCAAGGAAUGGCAGGGGGGUGUCAAUUUAUGUGAGAUAAUCCAUGCAAGGUGAGAGGGUCAGCCCACCCACCACCCACCCAAUUUUCUGUCCCUGAUUCUGCUGCUUUUAGAAAAAUUAAAUGACUUUGGGAUAUCUGUUCACAGAUCCCCUACUUCCUGCGUACCAUGACCCUCACAAUGCAUAUCUUCCAGCAGCCAACCAAAGAAUUGCUAGAGCUGACUUCUGGCUGAUUCCAGGCUCCCACUACCACUGCCUGGUUUCUGGUUGAAAACAACCUGGUGUUUUAUUCUGGUGGUGAAAACAAGCAGCUGGUGCCUUUCAGCAAGACAUUGGUUCUGCUCUUCCCCCCAUUCAGAGAACAUCUCCUACAGAGAAAAGACAUCGCCUAGAAUAUAAUUUAAAACUGCAUCUAAAGAAGUUCAUGGAGCAAAUUCACAGCUGAUUGACAUUGCUUUUUCUUUUAACACGGUGAAGCGACCACAAGGUACUAUUUUCAGCCAACCGUGGUGGUGAAUAAGUUUUAGGAAUGCUUCAAAUAACAAACGCAACUCUUCGUCACCAACUCCUGGGCUCGGCACACAUUUCAAAGGUUUUCCAGGAUGUGGUCAGACAUGAUCUUGGCAUAGCACAGAGACGGGUCGUCAGAGACUUCCAGGAAAAUAACAAUAGUUGAGGUGUGUGUACCCCUUCAACAUCAUCUGAAGUGAACACAGACAAAUAUGUUCCUUGCAAUUCUCUUGUCUUCCUUUGUUUGCUCGUUUUCCAAAGGUCCCACUAUCUCUUUGGCUAGUUUCCUAAUAAAACUGUGCAAGAUAUGACACUAAACCACCACAAAAGCCAGCAAAGGAAGGUGGUGGAGAGAGAAUUCACACCAGAGAUGAGGAAAGACAGAGGAACCUUGAAAGCCUCUUCAGCAUCUUUUGGAAGAUCUGCAGUGUUAUGCCUGCACCAAGCCAGAACUGGAGCAAACAGAAAAAAGCUCCACUCAUUAUUGCAUUGUUUGUGAAAGACUGCAAAUACUGGAAAAAGGCUCAUGUCCAAAGAUAUCAAAUAAUUCCAUCCCACUUUUGAAAGAAUCUAGCAAACAGAAUCGAUGUUGCAACCUCACCAUGUGUGUGUGUGUUAAAGACAACAACAAAUGCAUUAACAGAAUGAUCUGUGCUAACAAAAGGUUUUUAAUCGUUCGUUGUGAUUCUGCAUAAUCAAAGGGCCAUGUAUUGCAAACAGCAGCCUGUGAGGUUAAACACACAGAAGAGGCCUCUGGUUUAUUUUUAUUUAUUAACAACUGAUCUGUUAUAAUUAAACUCUUUCGUCAGAUGGUGGCUUUGGAAUCCAGUGCGUUCAGUUCUGUUCAUCUGAGCACUACAUUAACUUGCAAGACAAGUUAUACGGGCGCUGCCAAGGUUCAAGAAGAGGACAGAGCCCUCAAAGCUAUGCCAGAACAGGUACUACUCACUCAGGCUGUCAUAAAUACUUGACUCAGAUAGUAGCUCUGGAAUCAUAUUUGCUCAGCUCAUAUCUCGACUUUUUACAAGCUAUUAUCAUGUGUUAUCACUCAUGGCCAGCUGUCACUCUACGUGAAGUAAUCUGUUUAGCCUUGUUGAUUUAAUAUUCUUGUUGUUAUCUUCCUUGCGAGUUUCGAGUUGGCAAAAGUAACUUCUAGGCAGUUCUAAACCUAGAUCCUUAAAGGGUGGGUUAUUUUUAUACUGCGAGCUUGUGAUAGUUUUUCCUACGUGGGAAAAUUGAUUCACCAUCCCUGUUACUUGUGAAAGUGACAAUAAGAAUAACAAGGCAACAUCUUGGAAUACACUUUUUAAAAAACCCAUAUAAGUAGAUUUGCUCAGCUGAGUUCAGCUAAGUGCUACAUUACUGGCAGGGUAAGUUACUCAAGCUUUGCCAAAGUUCAAGAAAAGGACAUAAAUCUCAGAAGUCUGCCAAGAUAGGUAACAACCCUAUCAGUAUUACUCAAUAUGUUGGCCCAUAAAAAGCCAGGAGAAAGGAAAGUGGGAGGCUUAGGGUACCCACGAAAAAAUCUUGCACAAAUCGUAGGCAUUUUUUGUCAACACAGUUAACACAUAAGGAAAGAGUGUGACUUCAACACUCAGCAAAACAAAAUACAUAUUAUUAUUAUUAUUAUUAUUAUUAUUAUUAUUAUUAUUAUUAUUUUUACCUCCAGAUGAUCCUCCUUCAAUACACGGCUAACAUCCUUAAGCAGAAGACAAGUUUUAAUUUUAAAAAAUGUCUUUAAGUGAUGAUAAAUAUGAUACUGCAGAGAGAGCGAGAGAGAGAGAGAGAAGACAGAAGGUGAUAAUUUGUUGUAUUAUUAUUAUUAUUAUUAUUAUUAUUAUUAUUAUUUAUACCCCGCCCAUCCAACUGGCUUUCCCCAGCCACUCUGGGUGGCUCACAGCAUAUAUCAGAACAUACUAAAACAUCAAACUUUAAAAACUUUCCAAUACAGCUUAUGUGCUUGAAUAGUAUGAAAACAGUCAAAAUGUUUAUAUAUUCAAAAUCCUUGUUUCUACUAACAAAUACAACUUCAAACUACAGGUAAGAGUCUCAUUGCUGACUGUUUCUCUACAGGGGAAAAAUCCAUGGACAUAGAAAACUAGGGGAGAAAACUACUGCCCAACUUCUAAUUUUCUAUGUGAAACACAUUUUUUUAUGUUGUGUGAAGCUUAACGCACAGUGGAGGGGAGGGAAACACUUUUUCAGCCCAAGGACCAUAUUUCCUUGUGGGCAGCCUUCGAGGAGCGGGCACUGAUGGACAGGACCAGAGGCAAACAAGGGCAGAGCAACAGAUGCAAACCUUGCCUCUACAUUCCAGCCACGCAAGAAAGGAGCACUGUCAUAGUUCAAGGACAUGUUCCAACCAUGCAAAAACACUUGAAGUGGCUGUGAACCAAGCGCAGUGAGGGGUGUGGCCUUGGGGAUGAGGGAGUGGCUUAGGGGAGUCCAGAGCAUUGCACAGAGAGGCCUGAAGGUUCUCCAUCCUUGCUGAAAUGGUAUAACCCAUGUAUUGGUUUACCAUCUCAUUGAGAACUAGGUUUCAUAGAUAGAAGACAAUCCAGUCUUAUAAAGCCUUUCAUGCAUCUGCAUCUGGGCCAAUAAUUCAAAAAAAAGGUAAGCAGUAUGCCAGAUUUGAGGUUAUACUAUGAGGCGUCCUGUCUCUGUUGGCUUCGGGAAUGGAUAACAUUAGAAAACACCAAUGUUCUAGAUUUGGAGGGUCAUGAUAACAGAUUUGGUUGGCAUGCAUAUUUAUGGUAUGAAAAGGUAAAAGUACAUAAAGGGUACAUAAAAGUCCAUGGUUUGGAUCCCUUCCAGCCAGGAUUCAGGCCUCAUCAUGGGACUGAAACUGCCUUGGUCGCACUGGUUGAUGACCUCCGGCGGGCUAGGGACAAAGGUGAGAGCUGUUUCCUAGUUCUGCUGGAUCUCUCAGCGGCGUUUGAUACCAUCGACCAUAACAUCCUUCUGGACCGUCUUGAGGGGCUGGGAGCUGGGGGCACUGUCAUACAGUGGUUCCGCUCCUUCCUCCUGGGCCGUGUUCAGAAAGUGGUGCUGGGGGAUGAGUGUUCAGACCCCUGGGCUCUCACUUGUGGGGUGCCUCAGGGUUCUGUCCUCUCCCCCAUGCUGUUCAACAUUUACAUGCAGCCACUGGGAGAGAUCAUCAGGAGGUUUGGGCUGGGUGUUCAUCAGUAUGCGGAUGAUACCCAGCUCUACCUCUCUUUUAAAUCAGAACCAGUGACGGCGAUGAAGGUCCUGUGUGAGUGUCUGGAGGCGGUUGGAGGAUGGAUGGCGGCUAACAGAUUGAGGUUGAAUCCUGACAAGACAGAAGUACUGUUUUUGGGGGACAGGAGGCAGGCAGGUGUGGAGGAUUCCCUGGUCCUGAAUGGGGUAACUGUGCCCCUGAAGGACCAGGUGCGCAGCCUGGGAGUCAUUUUGGACUCACAGCUGUCCAUGGAGGCACAGGUCAAAUCUGUAUCCAGGGCAGCUGUUUACCAGCUCCAUCUGGUACGUAGGCUGAGACCCUAUCUGCCUGCAGACUGUCUCACCAGAGUGGUGCAUGCUCUGGUUAUCUCCCGCUUGGACUACUGCAAUGCGCUCUACGUGGGGCUACCUUUGAAGGUGACCCGGAAACUACAACUAAUCCAGAAUGCGGCAGCUAGACUGGUGACUGGGAGCGGCCGCCGAGACCAUAUAACACCGGUCUUGAAAGACCUACAUUGGCUCCCAGUAUGUUUCCAAGCACAAUUCAAAGUGUUGGUGCUGACCUUUAAAGCCCUAAACGGCCUCGGUCCAGUUUAUCUGAAGGAGCGUCUCCACCCCCAUCGUUCUGCCCGGACACUGAGGUCCAGCUCCGAGGGCCUUCUGGCGGUUCCCUCACUGCGAGAGGCCAAGUUACAGGGAACCAGGCAGAGGGCCUUCUCGGUAGUGGCGCCCGCCCUGUGGAAUGCCCUCCCAUCAGAUGUCAAAGCGAUAAACAACUACCUGACAUUCAGAAGACAUCUGAAGGCAGCCCUGUUCAGGGAAGUUUUUAAUAUGUGAUUAUUAUUAUUAUUAUUAUUAAGGAUUUUUUUAACCAUUUGGUAAGAAAAUCAAUCUAUGGUAUAUGGGAGAAAUAUAAAAACUUACUAGAACAGAAAACAUCAUGGUGGCUUUCCCCACUUGAAGUGGUAUCAUUGAAAAAAUUGAAUGUGAAAAAUAAAUGGGCAACAUAUAAAGAGCUGUUAAUGGAGGUGGAGAGUCAAUUGAAAUUAAAGAACUUUGAAGAUAUAAGAGUUAUUAACCGACUGGCUACAAUAUCACCAAUUAAAUGAUGCAUUUAAAAAAUACAAAAGAAACAGAUUUAGUAAUGAAAUUUCAAGGUUUGUAAAAGAGCUGUUGGAAAGUAAGGUAAAAACACUGUCUAAAACAAAAAUAGGUAAGCAGUGCGGGCAACAACAAUGGCGGCAGUGCAGGCAAAGCCCUGGUGAGGCCGGCAGCAUCACAGUGACGGGAGCCAGAUCUGCGGCCUGAGGCAAAUGGCUUCACCUUGCCUCACUGAUGGGUCGCCCCAAUGGGUGGUCUCUAAACAGAAUAAAAACGAAAGGAGGGUGAAGGACGUGAAAGGUGUAGAGGAAGCAAAGAAAUGGGCAGGGUCUGUAAGUGGUUUGGAAAGACAAGAGGGGAGAUCUAUGAGAAGAAAACCUGAGUGCUCAGGGCAAAAGGCCCUGCUAUGUGCUAUGUUAUGUACCCACCUAAAGCGAAACAUUGAGAUAAUCUGCAUUGGCUGCAAUCUUGACAGUGAGGAUGUACAUAUUCCUAAUCUUCCCCUGCCCCCAGCACCAACCAGCUACAAGGAGGAUCCUGGGAUAUGAAGACAAGCCACAAUGGCAAAGUUCUACCUCCACUGUGAGAAGCACCAUGACUAUUGAACCACAACUGCUGGGAAAUCACAAGUGGGCAGAGUAGUGUUGCUCUUUUGCAAUGCUUGCAAGUUUUCACAGUUUGGCUGCUGUAAGAACAGGAUGCUGGACUAAACGGGCCAUGGGCCUGUUGCUGCAAGGUCUUACAGUGUUCUUAAGAGUUAUGGCAUCAGAAUUCUGCAGGGCACAAAGAGAAUAAUGGGACAGAAGAUUGGGGAGGGAGUGGGUUAACUGAAGGGGGUAAGCUGGGAAGGAGAAACUGGAAAAUCACGGAAGAAAGGGAAUGUUUGGCAAUCAAUGGAGCUGCUGUAGAUAUUGGGAUAAGCCCUGGUGGGUGAGUUUGAGGAGUGUUGUUGUUUUUUUUAAGAGAGUGAGAGGCACAGGUGAUGUGUUUGGGGCUUUGGAGAGCAAAGGGUUGAUCUAACGGCCGAGGUUUUGGGGAGGGAGAUGAAGUAGCAACAAGAUGUGGUAUAUUGUAGCUCUGAGCCACGUUAUGAUUUUGGCUUGUAGUUCUGAAGUCCAGGGACUUUGGCCGCCCCGUGUAUUUAAUUUCCUUCUAUCAGUUCUUCAGACAAAAUAUUAUGUGUGCGUUAAUGCUGAAGAGACGCUAGCCUUUGACCUUGCGAUUCCAGAGGGAACAUAAAACUGAUGUCAUCCAAGAAAUAAAAUAAUUAAGGCAUAUCCAUAGAUGCACGGCAAACUGGGGGACGUUGUUUUCUUUGGACAAUGAACUGAUGUAUGCUCAGCCAUAUGGACACUGACAUUUUUAUGCGUAGUUGUACUCUUCCAGUCCCAGCGCACCUGCGGUACUAGUGGUUUUGCUUUCUGAUCCUAAUUUCCCACAGUGAUAGUAUGUCAGCAGCAACAGCCUGCAGAAUCUGAAAACCUGCAUUUUACUUUCCUUAUGAGCUCUGUGGGUUUUCUAAGUCAUCCAGUAGCUUCAAAUUAAAAGAGGCAUUUCAUCUGGAGGAAUUAAUCCCCAAACUUUCCAUUGUGAGUUAACCUUGGGUGUGUGUCGUCCCCCCCAAAAAAAAAUUCAGCUGAGUGAUUUUGUUAUCACACCUGCAGUACAGUUUGGCUGCUGGGCCAUGAUCCGUGCACCGUAUCAUUAGAUGUCAGGGGAGAGAACGUACGUCAGUGGUGCAACACUUUACUUGCAGAAAGUCCCAGGUGUGGCAGCACCUAUGCUUUAUAACUCCAUGCCUGCUAGGUAGGCCUUCUUGUUAUAUUGUUUUAAGGAGCUUCCAGGCAACCUGUUUGUGGAACAUUCAUCCCAAUUUGUUUGCAGGGAGAUUAGAUGAUGAUGAUGGCUAUCUAAUGAGCAUUCACUCAGAUUUGCACUGAAGCAAAGGGCAUUUUCCCAUCACUGUAGUUUGUCAAGGGUGCUGGGAGUUGGGUGUGUGUGUGUAAACUACAGUUCCCAGGAUUCUUAAUAAUAAUAAUAAUAAUAAUUUAUUAUUUAUACCCCGCCCAUCUGGCUGGGUUUCCCCAGCCACUCUGGGCGGCUUCCAACAAGACACUAAAAUACAAUAACCUAUUAAACAUUAAAAGCUUCCCUAAACAGGACUGCCUUCAGAUGUCUUCUAAAAGUCUGGUAGUUAUUUUUCUCUUUGACAUCUGGUGGGAGGGCGUUCCACGGGGGGGUGCCACUACUGAGAAGGCCCUCUGCCUGGUUCCCUGUAACUUUAGGGGAAGCCAUGUGCUUUAAAUGUAUGGCAUGGGUGCGACCUCUGUUGGGUGUUUCUUUUCAACUUGUGAAAUGCGCUCCCCACAUAACUCUACCACCUUGGGCUCUCUAAACCUGCAAAUUUUCAUAAUAGCUCCGUAGGUUGGAACGUGGUGAUGAUAACACCAAGGUUGCAGGUUCAAUCCCCAUAUGGGACAGCUGCAUAUUCCUGCAUUGCAGGCAGUUGGACCAGAAGAUCCUCAGGGUCCCUUCCAUAUAAUAUGCCUUAUUCUAAUACCAAUUAUACCCUAUGAGUUAACAGCUCUGUCUUGUGCUUAUAGAUCAUACAUUCUUAAAAGAGGUGGCUCACUUUAACAACUUGUGUUAAUUCCCUGAAUGAUGUACAAUUUCCCUAGCAAGAGAAGAAAGCGCUGACCUUUUUAUAUAUCCCAAGAGACAGCCCGGUAAAUCUCAAGAGUUCUGGUGAUUUAUCUGUGGAGGAGCAAUCCUAAAUCACAACAGCUGCAGGUCAGCCUCCCACAAUGCCAUCUGGGGCCAUCCUGGCCUUUAAGGUCACCGCAGAAAGAUUCACGUUGCCACUUGGACUCCUGACUCUUCUAGAGCUGAUGGCUAAACCUCCACCGGCAUUGUUAAGGUCGGGCCUGCCCCGUGAAGCUGCAUGCAGCAACAGCCUAGUUGCCAAGUGGCAGGAAUCGUAGGAUCACAGAGUUGGAAGGGAUCACGAGGGUCAUCUAGUCCAACCCCCUGCAAUGCAAUAAUCUUUUGUCCAGCAUGGGACUUGAACCCACAACCUUGAGAGUCUCAUGCUCUACCAACUGAGCUAUCCCAGCUGGCAGGAAAGGCUCUAUAAGGAUUCCCUUAACCUGCCACACCAGAGUGUGAAGGAAGAAAAAGGACAAAGUUUAAGAAACAGGAAAGUGUCCUCCUUUCAUAAUUAUUUCAGUAUGUUACUGAACGAAACCUUACACAGCCUAGCGAGCUGUUUUGUGGCCAAGCUGGAUAGCUUUCAAGGAAAAUGAGGCGGUGGGUGGUGGGGAACAACGACAAGGGUUUGAAGAAUCAGACUGAGCACACAGAACAUGUUUGUAUUAACAGCAUUAAAGUGCAAUUCCACCGGUCUACCACUGCCAUUUGCAUCCCAGUUUUCUGGGACAGAUUCCACCAGCUUUACCCAUUAUAAACAGCACUUCUGAGUCCUCCUGUGGAACAGCUUCCCCAAAACUUUGUACUUAAAUGCGAUCGUUUAAGAGCUGCCCACUCUUUUCUCCAGAAGAGAUGUUGUGUCUUUAAGCUGCACAAAAGGGAGACUAUCAGCCAGUAUGUUGCAUCACUAGAGGGAAACGCACCUGUUAGAGUCUUCCUGUUGUGCUGCUGUUGAAGGUAAAGAAGCCCUGCCAGGAAGAAACAAACAAACAAAAUUAGCAACAGUGCGUUAAUGGUAGUUAAGUGUUCUUGGUUUUCAGCGUUUAAAGGCCUUGGCCGGAUGCUCCUUGAGCAAGGCUGGAAAAAAUCCAGGAGGGACACAAAAAGAAAAAGAAAGUUUAAUUAAAUUUUUAUUAUCCUCUUUCUGUUAAAAAUUCUCUGGUUUAAAAUUAACACUAGUAGGACCUAAUCCAGCACAGAGUAAGGUGUACUUAUUGAAUUAAUUGCAAUUGUGUUGGAAUAGGACUACCAUUCUCAAAAAGACCUGCUCUUGUGUCUUUAAUGGCAAUUCGAUUUGCGGGAAAACAAAAGCUUUAGUUUCUUCACAGCAUGGGGCUGAGCAUUAACAUCAGUUGCUAAGGCCUGCACACCGUGCUCUUGUCAAAGGCACAGGACCAGGCAGCAUAAGUUUUCAAACACAGCCAGCACCACUUCUCAAAAAGGAAUCUAAGCCAUAUUGAGUAAAAGCCUUCCUUCCUGUUAAAAUAAGAGAGGGGAACCUGUGGCCUUGCAGAUGUCGCUGGACUACAGCUCCCACCAUCCCUGAUAAUUGAUGUGAAAUGCCUGCAGAUAAAAAACAACAACACCUGACUCUUUGAGGUCAAGCCUGAGAUGUAUGACCAACAGGUUAUAUAAUAUUAUUGUGGCAAUUCGUGAACCAAACAGCACAGACUCUUUGGGUCAAAUUACAUGUUAAGUGAAUAUUUUUAUUUUUAAGGUUUGUUUAAAUACAGAACACAUUCUUUUUGCACUUUUGCUGCAAGAAGCAAUUUGAGGGAGGGGAGGACACACAGUAGCCGAGCAGAAUUUGCAGUGGCACAUUGAUGCAAGGGGAAAAGGGCUAACUCUAUCCCUCCUUUCCCACCCCCCGCUGCCAGGUCAGAUUGGGGUCCCAUAAAGCUGCUUUUUCUUGCCACUGUUAAGCAAACCUUUCUAAAAGCAUAUUUCACAAAACAUAUAGCUUAAUUUUUACCUCACAGAGGAGCAUUUUUUUCCUUCCCAGUGAGUUAAACUGCGUUGAUUUAAAUCUCCCUACUCUGGAAAUAGCUGGUCCCUUCGGAGUUUGGUUCCAGAUUUCCUCAGUUUCAAACAGUAAACACUGCUUCCACCAAAACCUGCAGAUACAGCUUUUUGGGGGGUGGAGAAACCAAAUUAAACCAGUCGAUUUAAAGCAGCAGAGAAGGGUCCAGUUACCUCACGGUUCCUCAGCAAGGUUGAGCUGAACAUGACGCAAAAAGAAAGACACCAGCCAAUGUGUGUGAGAAUAUUUACUCAGACUGAUCUGUUUCUGAAAGCAUCUGUGAAGAAGUGUUAAAACUUUACCGCUAUGGUUUUCUGUGUUAAUAAUGACUAUAUUCAGACCCUGAAGAAGCACACUCAUUUUCUGUCUCAGUCAAUAAUCUAUUUAAGGCUGUGGGCCAUGUCAGACAUAGGUAUCUCAGCCUAAUAAACCACGGUUCAUUAGGCUGGGAAUGAUGUGAUGCACUCAUUUUCUGUACUCCUUUGUCUGCCACUAUCAGUACUUCUGUUGUAGUUUGUUUAAACCAGUGGUGGCCAAACUUGGCCCUCCAGCUGUUUUUGGAGUACAACUCCCAUCAUCCCUAGCUAACAGGACCAGUCAUCAUGGAUGAUGGGAAUUGUAGUUCCAAAACAGCUGGAGGGCCAAGUUUGGCCACCACUGGUUUAAACCAUUCUUUCCCAUUUGUUUAAACAACAGUUACUCCUUACAUCAGAACCAGGAAACUGUGGUUUAAUCAUUUUCUACACAUGAAGAUCAGACCAGAGGCGCAAAACUAAUUCUCAGCCUAAUAAACCAUGAUAGUUUCUUUAGUACUGGGUGGCAAAAGAAAAGUUAUAGGGGGUUCUUGAGGAAAUAUAUAUAUAUAUAUACACUAAAUUUCCACAGUGUGCAUGUAGACAUUUGGCCCUGUCUAGAGAGGAUAACAUGACUACACUUCUUCUCUUGUUCAGAAAUCCAGGGAUACUAAGAGUCUCCUGCCCACUUUGUAAGAUAACAUUGGUGAAAAAAGGAAAGUAAAGGAGCAUACUUGUUUUUUCCCCCUACACAGUCCACACACAAUCUAGACCUCUUGUGUUUAAUUGUAUUUUUAAUAUUUUGUUGGAAGCCACCCAGAGUGGCUGGGGAAACCCAGCCAGAUGCAUGGGGUAUAAAUAAAUAGAUUAUUAUUAUUAUCAUUAUUAUUAUUAUUUGUAUUUUUUGCCCCUACAAAGUGCAUAUUGAGAAACUGGUUUCAUUCCUAGAAAAGCUCAUUGAUUCUGCGUUACCCUGCACUGUGUUCAUUUCAAAACAGGUAUAAGGUGGUCCCAGGAAUGGGGAGUGUAUCCAAACCAAAUGACCGGGUUGAGGGUUUAUCGAAUAACCACACUGAAAUAAAAAAAUAAGGUCUUCUAUAUAUAAUAAAUGUUCAUAAAUGUACCAACCAAGCACGUACAAAGAUAUGGGGACCACAUGUCUGGGGCAGCUCAGAAAGACCGCCCUGAAACCAUUUUGACUCCCAAACUGACCAAAUAUUUUCUCUGCAAGGAGGGAGGGGGUGAGGGAACCUUCCCAUUGUCUCAGGAAUUGGGUAAUCACCAUCUCAAAGGAGUGGCCAGACUACCAGGAAAGGCAAUCAGAUAAGGCAUUAUCAGAUAACCUGGCAGACAGGAAAAACAACAACAUUCAAAUUUCUGUUGUAGACAACCUUUUCUGUGAUGUAGGUAUUAUGUUUGUGAGGGGUGGUCUUGGGUUACACCCCUUCUGUGAUGUAUGUAUGAUGUAUGGAGGGGUGGUCUUGAGCUCCAGGGCAGGGAAUUUAAAAUUUAAAAUAUAAGGGCAGGCACACCUUGGUUCAGGGUCCUCCUCCUUUCCUGCGUGUGAGGGGAGCACCCUGUUGCAACAGCUCAAUAAAGAUCAGGCUUACUAGCUGCUUUGCUUCUCAAUAUUUUCUGGUUGGCCUCUGUUAUUUUCUCCUACCGAUGGAGAACCUACAAAGGACUCUAUAAGGGCUCUUGUGUCCCCCCCAUAAGGGAAUAAGGGCAGAUUUUUGUUUAUUACAACACCCACCCAGGAUCAGUAGGAUCUAGAACAGCGGUUCCCAACCUUUUUUUGGCCAUGCCCCACUUAAGUGUCUCUAAAAUCUUGAUGCCUGCCUCCCCCAACAUUAUUCAAAAAGUGAACUCCUAUUCAUGUGUAGGAAGCCUAAAAGGUCCAUUCACUGUUAAUAACUCAUUCUCGAAUUACCCCCUUAAAAAUCAAAUUUCCCCCCUGUUGGGAACCACGGAUCUAGAAUCAAUCUAGAUUGAAAGCGGCAUGUUGUGAAUGAUUCUGGAUCGAGGAAAACUACAUUAGUGUGUACGUAGCCUUUGGCAGGAAGUCUAAGGAUGUUUAAUUGGAAAUAAGCUCCGCUGAAAUCAAUACAUUUUACUUCCAAGCAUAAUGAAAGGAGAAAUCUUUUUGAUCUCCUCCCAGACACCAUUUAUUGAUGGAACAGUGAGAACGCCCUCUAGUGGCCAAAACUAGAGCUGUGCUGCGUCCUAAAAGAUCAACAAAUAAAUGGCGCAAUAAUCUUUAUUGUUUUAGCUGCUCCAGACUAAUGCAAUUAACCCCUUUGGAAUAUGUAUUUGAUGGCUGAAGAAAUGAUUGUGAUAAAAACAGUUUGUUUGUUUGUUUGUUUGUUUGUUUGUUUGCAGUGAUGUUUGUCUCAUAUUCAAGUUAGUGAAUGAGCAAGGGUUUGGAAAAAACUUAUUCCUCGAAGCUACAUGCAAACCACACAUUUAAAGCACAUCCCUCCCCCCCCCCAAAAAAAGAAUACUGGGAACUGUUGUUUGUUAAGGGUGCUGGGAACUGUAGCUCUGUGAAUUACAGUUACAGGUAGGUAGCCGUGUUGGUCUGCCGUAGUCGAAACAAACAAACAAACAAACAAACAAACAAACAAACAUCCUUCCAGUAGCACCUUAGAGACCAACUAAGUUUGUUAUUGGUAUGAGCUUUCGCGUGUAUCUGAAGAAGUGUGCAUCCACACGAAAGCUCAUACCAAUAACAAACUUAGUUGGUCUCUAAGGUGCUACUGGGACGCGGGUGGCGCUGUGGGUUAAACCACAGAGCCUAGGACUUGCCAAUCAGAAGGUUGGCGGUUCGAAUCCCUGCGACGGGGUGAGCUCCCAUUGCUCGGUCCCUGCUCCUGCCAACCUAGCAGUUCAAAAGCACGUCAAAGUACAAGUAGAUAAAUAGGUACUGCUCCGGCGGGAAGGUAAACAGCGUUUCUGUGCGCUGCUCUGGUUCGCCAGAAGCGGCUUAGUCAUGCUGGCCACAUGACCCGGAAGCUGUACGCUGGCUCCCUUGGCCAAUAAAGCGAGAUGAGCGCCGCAACCCCAGAGUCGGUCACGACUGGGCCUAAUGGUCAGGGGUCCCUUUACCUUUAAGGUGCUACUGGAAGGAAUUUUUUUAUUCUGUGAAUUACAGUUCCCAGCGUUCUUUGUGAGGUGCUUUAAAGGUUAUGGUAUGAACAAGACAUUCAGUUGGCACUUCUUGCCUACAAUAUCAGUCGGCUUCUGGUAUAGUGAGAUCUAGCAGGCUGGAAUUGCUGAAACCUGCUCCAGUCACUUCAGAGCUUGCCGUAAGGAGUGGGCAAGUCAAGUGGGGCUUGGAGCUCAGGGGAAUAUGGGAUGGGAAGGAGAGAAAAGGGAAGAACGUGGACUCAUGAGUGAAACAGCGAAUUAGUUUAAAUAAACUUCAGGUGUUCCCAUUCCUAAAAGCUUGUGGUUCCCUGAAGCACACCCAUUUACAAAGAAGGAUUUUAAAGAAAUUAACCCGUUAUCAAUCUCCCAUUUGGGAAAACCAACCAAGUACAAACUAUUCAAGCCAACAAUAAUUAAAUAAUGUGCAUAAUCAAAAAGUUUGCUUCCCACACUCCAUGUACUACCACCCACCCACCUGAAAAGCUCCUAUCAUCAUCAUCAUUAUUUUAUUUAUUCAUUGCCCAUUCUUCACCCUAAAGGGCUCAGGGUGGGUUACAGCUUAAAAAAAAAUAUUUAAAACAACUUGAGGGCAGGAGAGAAUCAACCUCCUGGCUUCUUGCUGUGGCACAAAGCUACUAUUUUUAAAGGUUACUUGUGAGACAUACUCAUUUCCAAUGCUGAAUCAAACACGCAUUCAUAACCCUGUUUUUCCCUUCAUUAAUUACAGUAAUCUGAAGCCUCAACAGAAGACGUAGCACGAUGAGCCAUUUUGUUUUAAUCACCACAUUAGUCUACAACUUGAAAACAUUAAUCUAAUAAUCAGGCUUGCAAAUGCUGACGGUUUAUGGAAAUGUAAUGGAAAUCCAGCAGCCAUUCAAGCGAACAUCUGGAAAGGGC